GUGCUCGGUGAGGAAUGGUGGUGAAGAUGGUAAGGACGCACUUAAUGGGGCCGCUGUCAUGGGGCCGGGUCAAAUGGAUGAGUAUAAUGGGAACAGGAGUCCUUUAUCUGCUACUACUAUCCACCUGCCUCGGACAAGACACUGAAGAUUGGCAAUAUGAGGAAUGUAAACUGUCGAGGUCGGGACCCCCUGCCACCAUUGUUGCCAUAGAUGAAGAAAGCCCAAACGGAACGUUAUUGGUGGAGAACAUGCAGAUAAACGGAGUGGCUGAGGGUCCGGAUCGUACCAUCUCUCUGUCACUGAGGGAUAACCACAACUACUGGGUCAUCCUGGAUCCUGCCAAACAAGCACUUUACCUCAACAGCACAGGAAGGGUUCUUGAUAGAGAUCCUCCAUCGUAUAUUCAGUCCAUCGUGGUUCAGGUUCAAUGUACCAAUGAGCUCGUCGGCACGGUGAUUUUACACGAAGUCCGCAUCGUCGUUCGUGACCGCAAUGACAACGCGCCUCAUUUCCAACAGCCGAGAUACUACGUCGCUGUCAGUGAGCUGACGCCUGUAGGAACCACCGUCUUCUCUGGUUUCUGGGGGAACAAUGGGGCAAAGGACAUCGAUGACGGUCCCAACGGACAGAUAGAGUACACCAUUCAGUACAACCCAAAAGACCCGACCACAAACAGAACCUUUGACAUCCCGCUCACACUGUUUGGCUCCGUAGUUCUCAGAGAAAGACUCAACUAUGAGGAAAUAACACGGUAUCUGGUCAUCAUACAGGCAAAUGACCGGGCCCCUUACCCGAGUGAGCGGCGUACAGCCACCACCACUCUGACCGUGGAUGUACUGGAUGGUGAUGACUUGGGUCCCAUGUUUCUUCCGUGUACGCUCGUGGGAAACACGCGUGACUGCAGUCCAAUCACGUACAAGGCUAGUGUACUGGAGCUGACAGAGCCGGGUAAGGUGAAUCCGCUCAAUGUGACUCCUCCCAUUCAAGCUGUGGACCAGGACAGAAACAUCCAGCCUCCCUCUGAAAGACCAGGGAUUCUCUACUCCUUCCUCAUUGGCAAACCGGAGUCCUAUGCAGACUAUUUCAGCCUGAACAGAACCACAGCAGAGCUUCUGCUACUAAAGCCCAUCGAUAGAGAACGCUGCCGCAGAUUUGAUCUGGUUAUCAAGGCUGAGCAGGACAACGGUCACCCUCUGCCAGCUUUUGCCAACCUCCAAAUUGAAGUUCUGGAUGAAAACAACCAAGCACCCUACUUCUUGGAGACCAGUUACCAUGGGUACAUAAGCGAGGCAUCAACUGUGGGAACCACUGUAGCAACCAAUACUGGCCUUUCUGCACCACUAGCCAUUGUCGCGCUGGAUAAUGAUGUGGAGGAGACUAGAGAUCCGCAACUCCAGUUAUCCUUGGACAGCUAUUACCACCUUUUCUCAGUGUCUUCUGCUGGAAUGAGAAGAUAUCUCACCCUGCUGCAGCCACUGGACAGAGAAACUCAGGACUCUUACACAUUCACGCUUUUAGCAUCAGAUGGUGUCCAGCAGAGCAUGCCUGUUACCGUGGUGAUAACAGUGCUGGACGCUAACGACAACACUCCAACUUUUGCAAACGUCUCCUAUAAUGUCAACCUGUUCACAGACAUGAUGCCUGGAGAAACUGUGUUACAGCUGUCAGCUGUUGACUCCGAUGCCGGUCCUAAUGGUCAGGUGACCUACAGGAUCCUAGCAGGUGACCAGGGACAUUUUCUUAUUGGACCCAGCACUGGGAUCAUCACCGUGGCAGCGGGUGUGGAGCUCACAGUGGGUCGGAGCUACGCUUUGACCGUGGAGGCCGUAGACAACGGACAUGUGCCUCAGAGAAGGUCAUCAAUUACCACGGUCUAUAUUGAAGUUUUGCCCCCAAACAACCAGAGUCCUCCUCGUUUCCCCCGUCAACAAUACAGCCUGGAGAUCAGUGAAGCUAUGAGGACAGGAGCUACACUGCUUAAUCUGCAGGCAGUGGAUCGGGAGAGGGACCCCAUCACCUACAAAAUACUCAGUGGAGACCCUGAUGGAUAUUUUGCACUCAAGCAGAAUACAGGGCACUUGGUUCUGGACAAACCUCUGGAUCGGGAGUCUCUGGAUUAUUACUCCCUGGUGGUCACAGCCUCAGACAGACACCCAGAUGGGACCUCCUCUGUGACGGUGAACAUUGUGGUGACCGAUGUGAAUGACAAUGACCCGCUAUUCGAUUCUUCACUGCCGGUGAACCUCACUGUCAUUGAGGAGCAGGAUCACGCCUAUGUUGGACAGGUCAAGGCUACUGACCCAGAUCUGGGAGCGAGCGGUCAAGUCCAUUACCGGCUCGUCAACCACCAGAAGCUGUUUUCCAUCAACGCCACGGGAGCCAUCAGAACCACGAUGCCACUGGACAGAGAGCUCAAAGGUCACUACCUUCUGAUCGUUGAAGCCUGGGAUGGUGCCGUGGACCCUCGGCGCUCCAGACUGACGCUGUUAGUCAACGUCCUGGACGUAGACGACAACAGCCCCACCUUCACACAACAAACCUACAAUGUCAUCUUACCUGAGAACACCCCAGAGGACACAGUCAUUUUACAGUUAAAGGCAAUAGAUGCUGACCUCAGCUCCAACCUCACAUAUCGAAUAAGAAGUGAAGGCUUGGACCAAGAGAUCUUUCAACUUUUCCGCAUCAACUUGGUGACAGGGGAGGUGUCCGUUCGCAAAGUGCUGGACUACGAGGCUCUCUCUGACCCAGAACCCACAUACACAUUCACUGUGGAGGCCACAGACAUGGAGGGAUCCAUGCCUCCUGGCCUGGCCUCUGUUACUGUCAGGAUCAUGGACAUGAAUGACUUUUCCCCUGUAUUCAGCCAGUCAGUGUACCGAGGCGCGGUUGCCCCUAAUGCUGUCAAGGGAACCAUCGUAGCCACAGUGAUGGCCAAUGACUCUGACCCAGCGGGCACUCCAGCAGGUCUAGUGCGAUACAAAGUGGACCAGGAGGCUCAUCCGUACUCUGCCAGUAUAUUUGAUGUUGAGGAAAAGACGGGGCAUGUGGUCACCAGAGUAAACCUCAAUGAGGAACCCAACUUAAAGUUCAAUCUGGUGGUGGUGGCCUAUGAUGAUGGAGAGCCGACAAAGGAAAAUACAACUUUGGUAGAGAUCACAGUCCUUCAGCCAUCUGUCAUUCCAGUGUUCGCUCAGGAAGUAUACAGGUUUCCACCAGUGAGCGAGGAGGCUGCUGUUGGAACCCCAGUGGGAUCCAUCAUGGCAGCUGCUGUCAAUCAAACCAUGGUGUACUCCAUCAUCGAAGGCAACGAGGGAGGUGUGUUUACACUAAAUGAAACAACAGGGAUGAUUUCCACAGCGAAGCCCCUUGACUAUGAGGCCAAUUCCAGCUAUGUUCUGAGAGUGGAAGCAGACUCCAUGCGAGUCGUGUCCUCAAACCUUCGAGCUCCCUCUAAGACCAACACAGCCAAGGUGGUGAUUGACAUCCUGGACGAGAACGACCAUCCUCCGGCUUUCACCAGGUCUCUUUACCUCGGAGGGGUUGCAGAAGAUGCAAAAACAUUCACCUCUGUCUUGCAAGUACAGGCCCUGGACAGAGACACGGGGAACUACAGCUCUAUGAUGUACCGCCUCAUCAUCCCCCCUCCUGCUGGUAAAGACACUAAAGACAGCAAAGACGGCUUUGUCAUCGAGCCGUACAGCGGCGUGGUGAAGACGGCCAUCAUGUACCGCAACAUGAGGAGGUCGUAUUUUAAGUUUGAGGUCGUCGCUACAGACAACUACGGUCAAGGACACAGCAGCAAGGCGGAGAUAGUGGUGUCAGUGGUGAACCAGCUGGACAUGCAGGUAGUCGUAUCGAACGUGCCGCCAACUUAUGUGGAGAAAAACAAGAACAAGCUUCUCAGCAUUUUGGAACGCUACGUCCAGGAGCAGAUACCAGGGGCAAAGGUUGUCGUGGAAACCAUCGGGCCCCGUCGCCACGGUGAUGGAAUGGAGCAGGAAGACUACACAAAGUCGGACCUCAUGAUUUACGCAAUCGACCCGCUGACAAACAGAGCUGUAUCCAGGCAGGAGCUCCACAAGUUUCUUGAUGGUAAACUCUUGGACAUCAACAAGGAGUUCCAGCCCUUCCUCCCCCCUGGUGGACGGAUCCUGGAGAUCCGAACUCCUGAAGUGGUGACCAGUGUGAAGAAAGCUGUGCAGUCUGUGGGCUACACAGAGGGGGCGCUGUUGGCUCUGGCGGUUAUUAUUAUUAUCUGCUGUGUCCCUGCUAUACUGAUCGUUAUCAUCACCUACAGACAGUUUAAAGAACGCCAAGCCGAGUGUGCCAAAACUGCACGCAUCCAGAUGGCCCUGCCAACGGGUAAACCUGGGGGAGGCACUGCCAACAACCUGUACGAGGAGCUGGGUGACAACGCCAUGCGCGGAUACGGGCAACAUGAGACACAACAGCUUCUCCGACCUUCUCUGCUCAGACCUGAGGAGUUAUCAAUGGAGUCUGGCAUUGACCCCGGCCAGGACUACUACACACAAGACUACUACAACUAUGAUCACGGGUAUGACCUUCCUCAGUACGGCAGUCGCAGGAAGCUGAUCUCCCCCUCCGGCCUCUACGAUGAAUAUGGAGAAGUUGUUGUUGAUGACGAUGGCAGCUAUUACUACAGCCCACAGGAGUCUGAUGGAGAGCAUGGGAGUAAAAAACGUCGGAUCAAGCUGGUGGUGGACCGGGAAUACGAGACUAGCUCCACCGGCGAGGACAGCAUGCCAGAGACUCAGCGCAGUCGGUUACCCUCCACACUCAACAGCCACGCUAACGUCAACGGCAGCAUCUAUGUGGCCCAGAACGGCUCCAUCAUCCGCACCCGACGCUCAGUCAACACCACAGGUCCCGCGCACACCAACAUGAACAACAACUUCAAACUCACCUCCCCCGUCUUCAGCUCACGGCUGGCAAAGCACUUUAAAAAACUGGAGAAAAUGGCUGCCACGCUGGAGGAGAGAGUGCCGCUGAACAACCCCAGGACGGCAGCAGACGGCGGUUGCAACACUUUGAGUACCUUCAAAAGCCCGGUUGCCUCUGCACUGGCCUCUUCCUCUUUCUUGAAGACUGACAACAGUAAAACGCUGAACACGUUUAACACUCGACAAUCAAGCGUUUCUUUGGGGUCUUCCAGCACCAGCAACACUGGAACUGAAAGUUUGGCGUCCAAAUCAAACCUGCUAAAAGCGGCGGAGUGCGGCACGGAGCAGCCGCAGAGCUCAGCGGAGAGAGACGAGUCGAAAGAGGGCGAGAGAGAGUCGAGGGUGGACUGCAGCAAUGAUGAAGACGACGAUAACGGACUGGUCAUGAGGGAGCCGCUGGAGUGCCCGAGUGACAGAACGCAGUCGGACGAGGAGGAGCUAUGGAUGGGCCCGUGGAACAGCCUUCACAUACCCAUGACCAAACUCUGACUGAUCCUUACCGGACUGUGCUCGCCAAGAUCUUUAAAGCGUUCAGACGUCGUAUCUGUUUAUUAGGUUUGGAACUAAUUGACCAUGUGUCACAUAGCGGCCACUUCCCUCUAACAUCGCGCUCAGGGUGAAAGAGAAAACAUUUUUGAAUGUUCCAGGUCAUAGGUCUGAGGAAUGUGGAAUCUGAGGAAUCAUUAUCAUUUCAGCAUCUCUCAAAUGAUCAGCCACUGAAGAGACAACGAACAGAGGAAACACAGAGAGAAGGGUGGCCAUAUGUCAAGUGACAACAGCAUAUUUGAUGACCACUUGGUGUAUCAAAUCUUGAUUUUUGAGUGACAUAUGGCCCGAUAAUGUCAGGCUGAAUUAUUAUGAUGUGCUUAUUAAUGAAGAAGUGACGUAAUAAUAAGGAUUGUCAAAUACCCUACAUUUAAACCGCUUACAAUGAGAAUAUACUAGAAGCAACACAACAUAACAGACUUUAAACUUCCCACCCUGAGUGUGAUGACAGAGGAAAAUGGCCACCUUGAGAUUAUGGUGUUUGGAUGAUUGUCCAAAACCAACUUCAGGAAACGUAACUAUCUGAUUCAUAUUUAGCUAAACUGUGAAUUAGCUUAUUCUGGUAAUCCAACAGAUUUUUAUUGAGAUUAAAAAAAUCUAAACACUUUGUUAAAGUUCAGAGUUAAAACUACAUAAGAACGAUGAAGUUCCUUGGCGUCUUUUUAGUGUCUCAACCCUAACUGAUCUCAGAACCCGCUCCAGAAAAUUGGACCUAGAAUGAGAGGACUUGUUAUAUUUCUAUUUUAUUAAAAGAUCAUAAAAGAAAACUUGCAGGAAAUGUCUUCAACAGCCCUUUAAGUGAACGCUGUCUCCGUACAGAAACACACUUGUCACAUUUGGCGUUCUGGCUGACGGUGGGACUCACCCUGACACUCUGCAUCGACACAUGAUCAGAAUCAAAAACGAUGUCUUGUACUGUUCAAACUUGCCUUUUUAUCUUUGUCAAGGUGCUUGGCAAACUUUGUCCAAAUAAAGUACUAUUUCAUCCAUUCAAAAGAUGGAGUUUGGUUAACUUGGUGUUGAUGUCACCUCUCUGUAGAACCUACACCAUGUGACCCUGGGGAGAGGACUUCCUAAACGUCUGAUGGGGUUCAUAGGAGGGAUUGAAUCGCAUUGAUACUUUUAAAGAUUUGGUCAUGUCAUGUUUGUACUAAAUAUAUUCAACUAGAGCCAGCCGCUAGUUAGCGUACUGUAGGCUGCCUGUUAUUGUCCAGGUCCCACCAAAACAGCUCUGCUCAUCAGGGAAUAGAUGUAAUAGCUGGUGAUUGUGUGUCAAUGUAACAUCCACAUAAAUACCAGGACCAAGUGUUUCCAAGCAGAGCAUCACAAAGAGGUUCAUACUGCUUCUGCCUGUUUGCCUUGGGGCCUUUUUUUUUCAUCCAGAGGGAACUCAAGUAUUUUUCAGUCUACAUAUUGUAGAGCUAAACCAAAAUUCAUUGUUUUCUGACACCUUCAUGUCAUUGCAUCUGUUCACUUUCUCAGCAACUUGUCAACUCCUUGUCAGUGCUGAGUGCAAAACGUUCAUAAUUCAAGUGGCUGAUAAAGUUCAUUUUGGGUUACACUUUAAAUGCACUUUAGUCUCGAGUGAGAAGAGAUGCAGAUGAAAAGAAAGGAGGCGGAUUAAUUCGCUUUAACUUUCAGAAAGGUCUCCGCACAUUUUCUUCUUUGGCUUUGAAUGACAUCAGCAUUUUCUGUUUUAGUAUGGAUGAGUGAACAUUUUUGCGUUGGGUUGAAAUUCCCUCAUUGUGCUGGAACCCUGAGAGAUCCAUUUAACGGUGCACAUGGUUCCAUCUCCCUCGCCAAAGUACAUCGUUAUUAAGGUGGGAGAACUUUAUAAUUGUGCGCCACAUUACAGUGAUUUGUUUAAAUUGAAGUGUAAAAGAAGCUGGACCAUUAAGCCGCAGGAUUAGCAGGUUUUAACACUCUCACAUUUAAUUUGAUGACUGCAUAAUUUUGCAUUAAGGAGCUCAACAGAGGGUACUGUACCGGUGGUGAUAUUUAAAACAGAGUGCUCUUCAUUACCGAGACUUACUGGACUGUACAGGAGAGUAAUGUUUAAAACUGUUUCUGGAAAGAAGGGCACGCCUGAGCCGCUGUUAUUGAUUCAACUAAACGCGCUGAUCAUGUCACAGAGCAGAAGGUGGAAUGAACUCUGAUUAUUUAAUACAGGACACAAGCACAAAACAUUUCACUGAAAUAGAUCAUGUUGAUAGAAACAUGUCAUUCAUUCAAGUUUGUGGACCCUGAAUUUGGCAGCUAAAUUGUUCUUU